CAAGGCAUGCCUUCGGCCCGACGGCCUGCCAGGGAUCUUUGGCUUUGCCAAAUCUGUUCUGGGCCUGGCGCCAUGUCCGGCGUGUUCGGUUUGGGGGGCGUAGCGCCGAAGCUCGGGGCCGGUGUAUGGAUUGCCCCCGGGGCGUGUGUCAUCGGAGACGUCACCCUGGAGGAAGGGGCCAGCGUGUGGUUCAACUGCGUGCUGCGUGGGGAUGAUGCGCAAAUUCAGGUGGGAGCCAGGACCAACAUCCAGGACCUGACUUUGGUCCACCUGGACAAGGGAAUCCCUUGCAGCAUCGGACGGAACGUGUCCGUGGGCCACGCCUGCAUUCUGCAUGGGUGCACGAUAGAGGACGAUGUUCUGGUGGGCAUGGGUGCCACAGUGCUCAACAAAGCGGUGAUCGGCCGGGGGAGCAUCGUGGGGGCUGGGUCCGUGGUUUUGGAGGGCACCCAAGUGCCGCCCUUCUCGCUGGUGGUGGGCUCGCCGGCCCAGGUGAAGAAAACCUACAAAGAGGAGGACCGACUUGCGGCUCAAAGAAAGCAUGCGGACGGUUACGUGCAGAAGGCCGCCCGCUUUCGCUCGCAGCUGCAGCCCUCAGCCUUGGGCGGGCUGAGGCUGGCCGGCUUACUCGGGGUGGCGUGCGUGGCGGCCAUCUGCGUGUCAAGGCGCUGAGAAAGGGUCGGUUUUUAAACCCUUCCCAUGGGAGCGCGACCGGCGGUGUGUUCAGCGGCCCGAUGGCAAGGCGGAUAGGUCGAAGUUCAGAGCUGCUAGUCCGGGUAUUGCAGGCUGGGACUGGAGCAGUGAAACUGCGCGGGCCGAGCAAGCGACGCAGACAAGAAUCACUUCCUUUGUCAUUCCAUGGCAGUGGAAAGACAGCGCGCCCAGUUGAGGCAGUUCCUGCAGCUCGCAGCUGUUCAGCCAUUAGCCUCAGAGUGCGAUUGUGGCGCAAAGCCGCCGCAGCAGUGCAAAGACGCUGCAGGGAGGGGCGUGCAAACAAAGCCCAGAGACCUGCCC